AAUGGAGACAGUAAAGAAGAUGAGAUUUAAAAGCUAUUUUAUCUUCCUAGUUAUGGUGUGCUCAAGGAGACUCUUUGCAGAAGAUAUACCUUGUGAUUUGCCACAGAUAGAAAAUGGAAACCUUCCCCAGUACUAUUACAGUUUCAAAAGUUACUAUUUCCCUAUGGAUAAAGGAAAAAAGCUCUCCUAUUCUUGUGUGGUUGGUUACACAACUGAAAGUGGGACUCAAGAUGGAAGAAUAACUUGUACAGCAAAAGGAUGGUCUCCAGUGCCUCGAUGCUACAGAAAAUGCACCAAGCCUCUUUUGGAAAAUGGCUCUUUUUACAGCACAGAAAUGGACUUCAAAAUCCAUGAGAAACUGCAAUACAAAUGUAAUCCAGGCUACCUCACCCUGAGUGGUGCUGCUGAAGAUACAGUGCAGUGUCAGCCACAAGGAUGGUCCUCCCAGCCAAGCUGUACUAAAACACUUGGGCGGUGCCAGGUGCCGCGGCUGGAGCACGGCAGCUAUGCAGGCACGGCGCGGGAGGUGCGGCAGAACGGGACGCUGCGGUACCGCUGCCAGCCGGGAUUCCGCUCCGCCACCGGGAGCGCCGCCGCGGCGGCCCUGUGCCUGCCCCACGGAUGGGAUCUGCCCCCACGCUGCACCAGGAUAACUUGCUCCGCUUUGAGCGAAGUAGCUCAUGGAGGUUUCUAUCCUGUGAAGAAAAGCUAUGAAGAAGGAGAUGUAGUUCACUUUUUCUGUGACAAACAUUAUUCUGUCACUGGAUUUGAUUUAAUUCAGUGCUAUAAUUUUGGGUGGUAUCCAGACCCUCCAGUGUGUGAAGAUAUAAAAAAUAAAUGUCCUCCACCACCACUCCCUCGUGGCCAUUUCAGCACAGCCAGAACAUAUCAUAAUGGAGACAAGGUUAAUGUACAGUGCACCUUGGGAAGGAAAGGAUCUGAGGAAAUCCAGUGUGAAGGAGGAAAAUGGACAUCACCCUCUAUCUGUAUUGGAGCUGUGGAUAACCAGGAAUCUGGGACAGCACCACCACCACUCGAGGCAGACGCAGAAACAAGGGCAAACCAAUCACAUCACAAUGAAGAUAUGAAAAUGCAGCAAGACUGUGCCUCUCCACCUGUGGUUAAAAAUGGUGCUGUCCUGGGCCCAGUACUGGCAAGUUACAAAAAUGGUUCCUGGGUAGAAUAUGUUUGUCAGUAUUACCACAUUUUGGAUGGGCCCAGUACUGUUUAUUGUCACCAAGGAAACUGGACAGAGCAACCAACCUGCUUAGAACCAUGUACUCUGAAUGUAACUGAUAUGGACAGCAACAACUUAACACUGAAAUGGAGACGGGAAGAAUUAGUUUUCCUCCAUGGAGAUCUCAUAGAGUUUGAAUGUAAACAGGGAUUUAGUUUUCUCCAGACUGCCAUUCCAUCUCCUGGGAGGACACAGUGUGACCAAGGCAGACUGAAUUAUCCAAAAUGUGCUAUUCAAGCUGCUACAGAAAAAUGUGGCUCUCCACCCUCUAUUGCAAAUGGAGCUCUGACUGUCCCAGCACUGCCCCAGUAUGACAGUGGCUCUUCAGUUCAGUAUAUUUGCUCUGAGUAUCAUUUUUUGCAAGGCUCUGAGAGAAUCUACUGUUCUGAAGGACAAUGGACCUCACCGCCAGUUUGUAUAGAACCAUGUACUUUGUCAAAAACUGAAAUGGAGAAAAAUAAUGUGCUGCUGCAAGCAUUCUAUGCAGACCAAGUUUACUUUUACCAUGGGGAUUAUGUUGGAUUUUACUGCAAAGAGAACCAUUUUGGAGCAGAAUCUGGCACAACUUUAUUUCAAGUACAGUGUGAGAGAGGACAGCUGGCAUAUCCAAGGUGUGUUGAAAGAGAAAAGCAAGUACGGACUUGAGGAAAGGCCAUAGGAAAGGUAUGUAUGUGUUCUUUAUCUCUUAUUAGCAGGGGAAUUAGGGUGGCCUCGUGUUCUCCAGGCUGCUCCACUCAGCUUUGGGAAUUGAGUGUUGAGUCUGAGCUGCAGGGAGAUGGAAGGGAAAGGCCUUUGUGGGAUGAGGAUGAGCAGUGCAGCACAGGGAUGCAAUAUUGGCAUACACAUUGAAAAAGCUGGAGGAAGGACUUGUACACCUUAACAGCACUCAUUCUCCCUUCACAGGUAAGGAGCCUCUAAAGGACUGACCUUGAAGAACAAUAUAAAAGAGCAAACAUUAAAACCUUUUAAGGGAUCUGUAAAACUACUUAAAACCAAGAAGUAUACAAAUUGACUGAAAAGUUGUUUUUUUCUUUUUUUUAAACUAUUUUAAGAAUAUUAAAAUGCAAGUACCUGGUAUGAUUUCCUAUAUACUUAAAUAUUGAUACUCAUAAGGGUCUUCCUGAGAACAAGUGUGACUACAACUAUGAAGAAAAUCCAGGAAUGUGGACAAAGUUUGCCUUGCAUCCAUUUUAGUCUGGUUUAAUAAAAAAGCCACUCUAAGGGUGUCUUCUGUCUUUCAUGUCUAAACUCAUCUGUCUGUGAAAUCAUAGCAUGUAUGGUGCUCUGUAUGGUUUCCAAAGCUUUUGCAAGAGUUACAUGAAUGAAUAAGAUAGAAAAGAAAUGAAAGCAUUCAGGAAUAGACAAAUUCUGCUUAUUUAGUCAAAACCCAGCCAACCAAUAGGUGGAAAAAAGGUUGAUAAAAAUACUUUAAUGCACUUUAGUGCUAUAACAGCAAUACUCUUCCUCUUACAGAGCAAACUGGAGCAAAAGGGAUUAAAAGGCCCUUGCUGGAACAGCUGUUGGAAGUAGAAUUCAUUCACCCCCAUCACUUGCUCUGGAUGUACACACACAUCCUGCCCUGUGUGGCUGUAACCACAGGGCAGAAUGAGGGGCAUUGCAGACAUGAAGGCAGCAUCUUGUUGAUGAACUUGGAGGCAAAGAACAAAUCAAAUCUCAAGCUUCAUGUGGGGCUGCUGCCCCACCUACCUGCUUUAGUGACAUGCCACAUUUUCUUAUUGAUUGUUUUAAUCCUCGUGUAGCAACAGAAUCCCUUCUUCUGACCCUUAAUGUCCCUUGUAAGUGCCACUCUGAGCUUCAGCAUUUCUAACAUCCAUACAUGCCACAUCAAUGCCAUGGAUAGCUCACCUUGGAGCCUGUUUUUGCCUCAAUCCCCUGUACAUUGUUUUUUUUUCUGCUUCAGAGACCUCUGUGCAGUCUCUGAUGAGAUAAGUUGGUCUAGGUAGAUGUGUUUUUCCUCCUGAAGAUGAGAACUGAAUAAUCUUGUGCUUGCAGGAUUCUGUGCUUCAAGACCUAUAAGCUUUUCUGGACUCCUAUUUUCCUAAAUAAGUGGAAGUCUGCUCCCCUAAGGUGUGGGAUUUGUACACUGGUACUUGCUUUUUUCUUUCUUCUGAAUCAAGGAGUGCAUUAGCACAUGGCUGCCACAGCCAGGCUGCCACUGAUUUCCACAAGCCACUUUCUCCUUGUUUGUGAAGGGCAGAUGGGCUGGGGGUGGCACAGACUGGCCUGUCCAGGAGCUGGAGCAGGAAUUUGUCUACACCUUCCCCUAGAAAUCCCAAUCACUUGCUCCCCAACAUCUUGCCUUUGCAGGCAAAUCUCCCAGAAAAACUGGUUCUGGCUAGAGACUGCCUCAAGCUGUUCAAAGGAGACUCCAUUACUUGCUCUUUCUG